AUGGCUGACAGCAAACAUCCUCAAGUUAUUUUCUGUAAUGAUUCACCUAAAAGAGUUCUUGUGUCCGUCAUCAAGACAACUCCAAUUAAACCCAAGGCUAUGGACUCAGCUAUGCCUACAAGUCCAGGAUUCAGCGAUUUCAUGGUCUAUCCGUGGAGAUGGGGUGAAAAUGCACACAAUGUUACCCUUAGUCCUGGAUCGGGAAAUGGUGCCGCUUCUCCUACUCGAAACAGUUCUGCUACAGACUCCGAUCACAUGAAGUGUCAAGAUGGGAUACGGCGCGGGCGCCCUCGCGCUGAUACUGUUCGAGAGCUGAUUAAUGAAGGUGAGAACUCUACCAGUCGCAUUCGCUGCAACAUCUGCAACCGCGUCUUCCCCAGAGAAAAAUCGCUACAGGCACACAAACGCACACACACAGGAGAAAGACCCUACCUCUGUGACUACCCAGACUGUGGGAAAGCUUUUGUCCAGAGUGGCCAGCUGAAAACCCACCAGCGUCUCCAUACAGGAGAGAAGCCCUUUGUCUGCUCUGAGAAAGGCUGUGGUAGUCGCUUCACCCAUGCCAACCGCCACUGCCCCAAGCACCCUUAUGCCAGGCUGAGGAGGGAGGAGCCUACAGGGGGCCCUGGGAAGUCCCAGGGGGCUGAUAACAAGGCUGUGGCAGAAUGGCUGGCAAAAUAUUGGCAGACAAGAGAGCAGCGGGCCCCUCCUCCCAGUAAGGGCAAAACCCUCAACAAGGCCAAUGUGAUGGAGGACCAGGAACAACAAGACCCCAUGGAUUUCCUGCAGUCAGACGAAGAAGAGGAGGAAGAUGUGGAGGAAGAUAAGGGUACCGGAGGUGGGGCGGCCAGACGACGGCUCCAGGAGCAGAGGGAGCGUCUCCAUGGUGCCCUGGCCCUCAUUGAGCUGGCUAAUAACCUGUCAGCUUGA